AUACCCACUAAAUUCAUUGCCAAUAUCCCAAACACAACCCUAGCUAGCUACCAAGUUGCAAUAUUUUCAACAAAAUAAUACCCUGUAACCUAUUAUAUUCAUAAGCUUGCCCAAACAAACAAAAAAAUGUUCAUCAAUAUGUCUAAGUUCCUUGUUUAUCUUUUGGUUUGUAUUUGUAUUUCUCUUCAUGCAUGUAGUGCAAGACCACUAGCAAGUAUGGAUGACAAAGAAAACAAAAUACUACUCUCUAGCAAGGAUGUAAAAUUUUUGACUAGUGACAUAUCAAAAACAGAAGGAAGAAUAAUUAUGUCUGAAGAUAUUGGAAAAGAUGAUGGAAAACUUAUGUGGAAAAAGAGAUCAAUUGUUGCACGAAAGCAAUUAGACGAUGAAGAAGAUAAAGGAAACAAGGUCAAGAUAUCGUUUCAUGAGGGAGCUCAAGUAAAGAUAUCUAGGUUGAUGCUAGAAUCUCCACCGUCAACACAACACGAGGAAGAAGCAGUGAACUCCAUUGAAAAGGAACCGGUGGAAGACGUAGUAGUUAUGGAUUAUGCACAACCCCAUAGAAAACCACCUAUUCACAACACGAAACACUAAAAUAUAUUGUAGAUGAAAACCAUCAUACUUAUAUGUAUUUUAUUUUCUCGUUUAUACGUAUGUGUAUACGUAUACGAGACCUGUUAAUUUUCGUUCUUUUUUUCUUCUUAAAAUUAUUAUUAUUGUCUUGGCAAAUGAAGGAGAAUCAUAGAUGAGAUCAUACUCCAUGUAUGUACGAAUAGAAAGGACUAAAAAUUGCAAAAACAAGUAGCAAAAAAUAUCAAUGUUAUAUAUUAUAAGGUCACGUGUUACAUUAAUGCAUAUGGCUGAGGUUUAUUGA